AUUUAAGCUUUCCCAUCAUCUCCCAGUCUCCACGAUUACCAGCAAUGGAGAUUCGCCGGAACGAAGCCUCCGUGUUCCGCACCUGCACCCGUACUGGCCGUCUCAACUCCAGAUAGAACAUGUUUCCGCCAUGGCUGGAGCUGACCAUUUCUUCGGCUCGCCACGCCAUGGGUGGAGCUGGACGUGCUGUCGCCCUGCCACCACCAUCGAUUCUCACCGUCGAUUCUACUGUCGCCGCCGCUACGGAUUGUCUCUAAGAUCCCUCCGGCGGUCGAGGAUGUUGCCUGCGGAUCUUCACUGCUCCGGUGGUCGAUGUCCUGCAAGUCCGGUUUAUGUCGCCAUAGAAGGCGUCGUUGUUGUGGCCACAGACGCCGUUGUGCAGAAUCCGGUGAGACAUUGA